AUGAUUCCCAUCCAGGGGGCAAUGUCAUGCUUCCCACGAUCGUCUUGUAUGUUCUUGCAGUUGGUGGCUGUGGUCAUAGUGUUGACUGUGCUCGAUACGGCACAGGCUGUUCGUGUGCGCUCGACUGCCCAAGACCUUACGCUUGAGGUGAAUCAGGAGGAGCUGUGCAUGUACUCCGUGGGCAUCGACACGAAUGAAGGUGCGAUGCUGCACUACCACGUGCUGCAUGGGGGCGAUGAUUUUGAUGUGAGCAUCCGAGACCCGAAGAACAAGACGAUUUACGUGUCGUAUGCGGGGGAACAUGAGUUGGAGGACCGCGUCUACUUCACGAAACAUUUGCAUGGCGAGUACUCCUACUGCAUUGACAACCGCCCGUACUCUGGCAGCAGGAAAUCCGUAACGAUGAGCAUCGGUGUGACUUCCCUGAAGCGAUGGAAGGACCGCAUUGAUCCUCUUACAAGGAUGAUGCUGCGGACAGACAGUUUCAUGUUGGGCCUUCAUCAAGACCAGAUCAUAUUCCGCCUGCGCCAGCGAAAUUUGCACGAGACUAUUGAGGAGAGCAAAACACUCCUACUCUUGCAAGGUGCUGCUGAGACGUUGUUUAUUUUGCUCCUCUCCUUCUUGCACGUUCUCCUCAUCAAACACCUGUUUGCCAGAAAGGGCAUGAGGGCCGUAGCGUGA